CUUAUGUACACCUACUGUUGAACAUGUCACAUGUAAGGACGUGUUGAAUUCUGUGCACAUAAGUAUCUUGAAUUUGUCAUUUCCUCCUUUCUUCAUUUUAGUGUAGUCUUCUGAGUGCACAAACGACGAAUAAACAAGAACGCCAGUUGCUGGAGAAACCUUAGAAAUUAGAGAACUGUACCACGACUUAGGACACAUCAUGGGUAAAAACAAGGUAAAUAAAGGAAAUCCUCUGAAGUCAGGGAAUCCAAUUUACAAGAAAGCUGGAGGUGGAGCUGCCCACAAAGCAAAAAAUAAGGCCAAGCCAGUCAAGACAAAUUUGAAAAAGCUUAAAAUUGGGAACCGAGAGGCUAUCAAGGCACUGGAUAAAAAAGUAAAUGACUUCCGUGAGGCCCUCCAGGUGAAGAAAGGAGACACUCAGAAAGAGGUUGGAAGUUCAGUAGUUUCUAAUCAAGCACAACGUAUGGAAUCUGAUUGAAAUUAUAUUAAGCAUUUUCAACAUAGCAUAAAUCUAAAUAAUUAUAUUUUAUUUUUUUCA